AUCAAUCAAAGAUAUUUAAAGAUAUUAUUUACCUGCGUAUUAAUCCCACUAAUAACUUCUCCCCUCUCCCUGCCCCUUCUCUUUCUCUCUCUUUAUCCGUGAUGGGUUCCUCUUCUUCUCCGUGUUGUAUUUCCCAUAUUAUUAUUAUGCUAUGAAUACUAUUCCCCUAAUCCUUCCCUCUAAUGAUGACUCCCGAGUACGCCUCCUAUUCUCCGUCUCUUACGCCGUGCUCCGCCCCUAUUCGCGGUGGAGAGGAGGAUCCCGACCCGGUUCGGAAUAAGCUAUUCUCGCGAGAAUAACUUUUUAAAAGAUCUCCCGGAUAGCCAUGGCCCUGCAAACCGAAUCGAACCGGACCACGGAGCAAAUCAUAUCCCAGUUCCUCGCCAAAACCCUCCACGCGAUCCUCGCCGCGCGGAUCCCCCACCUCCACGCCGCCGCGGCGCGCGGCGGCGGCGCCGCGGCGCCGCGGCACCGGCGCCGAGAUCGGUGGUUCCACCUCGCCCUCGGCGACCCGCCGCCGCCGAUCGAGCACGGGGGCCUCCUCCCCCACGGCGUCCUGGAGCCCUUGGUCGUCGACAUCGUCCUCUCCCCCCGCGACGCCUCGGCCUCCGCGGCGGCGGCGGCGGCGGCGGAGCCGGUGGUGGAGCGGUGGACGGCGCAGUGCGAGUCGCCCCCGCCGGCGCCCGCCGACGCGGCCUCGAGCUCGUUCGUCGUGAGGAGGACCUACAAGAAGUCGAUCAUCUUGCUCCGAUCGCUCUACUCCCUGCUGCGGCUCCUCCCCGCGUACCGCUUCUUCCGGAUGAUGUGCGCGUCGCACCAGUCGUACAACUACGACCUCAGCUACAGGGUCUCCUCCUUCGCCGCGCCCUUCUCGCGCGAGGAGGAGAAGGGCUUCGCGCUCCACAGCUUCGCCCCCGUCGAGACGCAGUUCGGGAACCUCCUCGUGUCCGUGCAGUAUCGCCCCACCCUCGCCGACUUCAAUUUGGAGGUGUCGUCGCUCUCCCCGCCGAUGCUCAUCGCCGACUACGUCGGGAGCCCCGCCACGGAUCCGAUGCGCGCGUUCCCCGCGUCGCCCGCGGAGCGCGGCGGGGCCCCGCCGCGGCCGUCGACCUCCGCGCCGCCGCUGUUCCAGCGCCCGCACAGCUGGACGAGCGCGCCGAUUCCGCACCACCCCCUCGGCAUCGGCGGCGCGUCGCCGAUCCCUGUCGCGGACCAGAGACUGUCGCUGCCGGAGAGCUACGAUCCCCGUUUGCCGAGCCAGCAAGCGGCGGCAUCGGCGCUGAGAAAAGGCGGGUUUAGCUUCGACGAGUUCAAGCUCUCCCCGCCCUUCUCGUCGUCGACGACGCCGUCGCCUCCCACGUUCGGGGGUGCCAAUAUGCAGUUCCGGUUACCGUCCGAGACGGCGCCGGUGAGCAUUCCGCAAGCAGCAUCUUGGAAGAGCCAGGCACUUCGCGGCCCUAACCUUUCAGAUCCGACGAGGAACUUCUUACCGCCACCGUCUCCGCGAAGCACGAGAGCGGAUCACUCGGCCCAGGAAUAUCCUUCAGGGAGUAGAUCGUUCAGGAAGUCGGAAGGGCUAAAGACUGCGGAUCUCUUCUCAAACUUGUAUGCGGUUCAGAAGGGUCUGAAGGAAAGUAGGGAUGAUUCUGGAAGAUUUUCUGGUGUUUUCUCAUCUGGUGGUUCACCAAGAUUUGGGUUCUCGAGAAGUUCGAGCAGAUUAUCUAUCCAAGAUGAUGAUGAUGCAGAUUACUCUUAUCCUUUUGCUGUGGAUGAUGUUGAUAUUUCAGAUUCCCAAACUAGGAGCAACGAUGGAAAGGAGACAUCCGAAUAUAGCCAGGCAUACGCGUCAUCCCACAGAUCCCAGGAUGCAGCCGUCGGCGUUCUCGUCCACAUGUUAAGGACCGCACCUCCUCUGAGAGACCAAAGCUAUUCAUCUCAAUCGUCGAAAUCCGAGCUUAACGGAGACAGCGGUGUCACCUCCAGUUUUUUCAUGUCUCGUAAAACCUCUGAUGCACUAGAGGAGCUCCAAACCUAUAAAGAGAUGAAGGAGAUUCUGCUUUCCCAGAGUAGAGGUCAGCUCGAAGACCCACUGAAACAGCGAACAGAGUAGCAGCCUAAAACCAACUUCUUCCUCAGAAAAUGUAAUAUUAAAGGUACCCAUCGAAGCUAAUUUUAUAUGAUACAUCCGGAGGACAUAUGACCAUGUACAUAAACUUGUUCUUGUUCAGGCUUGUGUUAAAAAAAAAAAAAAAAAAAAAAAAAGUAAAGAAAAACACGAGAUGCCAUUUAAUUUCGGCAAAGAAAUUCUUUUCCCUUUGAGAGCCUGUUGGAUUGCGACACGCUAAGUUCGCUUACACAUUCUCAUUUGUACAAAGGUGACAUUUAAAGCCAACCGCACGUUCCCGUGACAGGUAUGCAGAUUCAGUGCUGUGGACAAAUGUUUAUAAACUUUUAUGUUUCGUAAUUUAGUUCAAGAUUAUCCACUA